UCAUCAUCCCUUUCCUCUUACAAUGCCGAAAAAGAGUGAAAUAAAACUUCUAGGAACCACUGCAAGUCCAUAUGUGAACCGCGUUCAAUUCGCCCUCAACCUCAAGUCCAUUGAGUAUGAGUUCAUAGAGGAAAAUCUCGUCUGCAAAAGUGAGCUCCUGUUGACAUCAAACCCGGUUCAUAAGAAAGUUCCAGUCCUUUUUCAUGCAAACAAGCCACCCAUUUGUGAGUCGCUUAUCAUAAUCGAAUACCUUGACGAAAUCAAAAGCGAUGUCCACCGCAUCCUCCCUUCCGACCCUCUAGAGCGAGCUGAUAACCGGUUUUGGGCCAACUAUAUUGAUAACAAGUUUUUUCCGUUGUAUGAAGAGUUGAGGAUGACAAUAGGAAAGGAGGGAAAAGAAGCAAUAAAAAAACAGAUCAUUGAAGGAUCAGUAUUAUUAGAGGAAGUAUUUGUGAAGUUUAGCAACGGGAAUGAUUAUUUCGGUGGAGAUGAUGUAGGAUAUCUGGAUGUUGUUCUUGGAUGUUUUAUCCCUUGGAGAAAACUUAUUGAAAAAUAUAACGAGUUCACGGCAUUUGAUGAAGUGAGGACUCCAAGACUUGCUGAAUGGACAAAACGUAUAUGGUCACAUGAAGCAUUUAAGGAUGUGAUCCCAGAGAAUGGAACGAUCGUGAACUUCUAUAUGAUACUUCAAAAGUAUAAACCACCAAGAGUUGUUUGAAAUAAGUUCCAUCUGUUAUGUUUUCUAUCUACUACUUAAUUUCAGUCAUUCAUAUUUCAAUUUGAUUUGAAUUAUGAAUUUGUUUCUACUGUAUGUAAAUAUCUGCUCUUUUACUGCAUGUUUUCAUUAUCAAUGUUUGAACUUUGUGUUCAAGUUCUUAAUGAAUUUUACUUAUUUAAGCUUGUAAAUUUUAUGCAUCUAUGUGAUUGGGUUAUC